AUGUAUGUAGGUGGUCCUGGGGGCGCCAUCGGUCACCUGGCCUGUUCCUUCUCCGUAAGAGAUAGCAGCUUUGACAACAACGAGGGCUCCACCUUUGGCGGUGCCGUGGCCGCCGGUGACCUGCGCCGAAGGAACUCCACAACGCCAAGUCUCGCCCUGUCGGGGUGCAGUUUUACGAGCAACCGGGCGCGUGUGUACGACGGCGGCGCCCUGUUUACACAGGAUAUGAAGACAGCGGUGUCCAAUUCGAGAUUUACCGGGAAUCAAGCGGGACGCAAUGGCGGCGCAGUGGCUCUUCUGAACAACGCCGAUAGCAGCCUGUGGACGUGUGUGUUGGUGGGCAAUCGUGCUGAACAACACGGUGGCGGCUCGUACAUUUUCGGCAAUACACUACUGACCGUUAUGGACAGCGGGUUUCGGGACAAUUCCGCACUUGUGUCCGGCGGGGCUCUGAGUGUCCUCGAAUCCAAAUGCGUUCUUACCGUGCGCACGGCCUUCAGAAGCAAUCACGCUGGAACGCGUGGAGGCGCUUUGCAGCUUCAGCCCGCUUCACCAGCUUAUUUUGGCGGUGGUCAUGGCAAUGGCACUCAGCUUGCACUUUCAACAGAUGACAUGGGGCCCGAAGACGCCGACACCUGCAUCUCGUACUUCCUGAGCCAAGUCAUGUCUCUGGCAACUAGCCGCAGUCUACUGCACCUGGGCCUGUCGAGUUCGCCAGUACCAUUGUACAACGCCACCUUGGCUUAUGAGGACACGUCCCCGUCCGUGUCGUACAUGAAGCUGUUCGGCCUCGGUAACAGGUCAGCAUUGCUGCCCGUGCGGUUUCUCAUUGAUGAUGACGUAAGUGUCGUACCCGGGCCUGGAUCUGUCGUACAACUCGCACCCGGAAGCUCCCUUGCAAUGGCAAACUGGGCGCAGCUGCGGCUGCAGGCCGACGGUCGUGGCCGUACACAGCUAUACUUCCUUAACAGCAGCUUCGAUAUACAAGUUGAAGGGGCGGUGGUGGGUCUUGCCGCCAACAGCGCUAUAACGCAGCUGAAAGGCAACAUGCGGAUGCUACCUUCUGGCGACAGUCUUGCAGUCAUUGGGGAGAAGUGGGUCAUCGGCGCCAACCCGGGCAUUUUGAUGCCCGAUGCCAAUGGUACCCUAAUUGCGUUGUCCGCCGUACUGUCGUACAAAGGCUCCGCCACGAUGCCGGACGGCAGGACUCUCAAAUUCACUCACUGGAACCGCUGCAUCCUCAGGAGCUCCGGCGGUGCCUCCUUUUUGCUAGACGCCUUCGAUGGUUCGACUUACAGCCUGUCCAACGGUACGACAAAGAUUCAGCUUGCUAACGGCAGUCCUCUCCUCAGCCAUGAUGCCGGCUCCCUCCUUGUGGGAGCCGCGGCAACGGCUAACAUUCGUGUUGUGAAUCGUGGUCGAGGCUGGCAACUCGAUAACAGCACGACACUGCAGGCGAACGGCAGCCGGGCAGCUAUAUCGAUCAUUCCAGCAAGCGGCAGCGAUAUCCGAGUGGCCACUGGCACCGUUCUAUCCGUGGAUGCCUGGGCGCCGUACACCUUAAGUUAUCAAUACAAUGUAUGUAUACGUCUGCAGUACCGGGGGAGCAGGGGCUGGAUCGAUUUGGGGCCUGGUGUUCGCAUUUACUUGAGCAGGGGCAGUGCCAUUCUUCUUCCAAUCUACACCUCACAAGUCCUGCCGAGCGGUACCAUCCUGACCACUCAGGGUUCAGCUUGGGAUCUGAGCGGCAGCAGUCCUAGGACAACGCACCGCGCAGGGGGCAGCAACAGCAUUGCCCUUAACAUUGUACUGCCAGCCGGAAGCACUUUCCAAGUCUCGCCAGAGAACAACAAGGUUACCGUACAGCACUGGAACCGCUACGUACUUUGGGCAGGUCCCAUGGGCACAUUUCUGUACGACGCGAACGGCACGGCGGUUGGUGGCAACGGCAGCGGUGGUAACGGCAGCGGGGGCCCCACGGUGACCAUGCUGACGGAUGUGGCGGAGGUGCAGCUCUCACGUGCAACACCACUUACAACGCAGUAUCAGGGUACGAUGAAAGUGGCGAUGCAAGAUGAGACGCUGACGAUAAGUAACUCGACAAUCUGGUUGUUCAGCAACAGCGCCAAUCCCCCCUACAGCGUGACUGUUCUGGCACGCACUGCCAUCCUCGCCCCAAGAUCCAUCGUAAUCCUGCCUAACAGCACAUUCAUGGUGAUCCAGGAGUGGUACCGCUAUAUGCUGAUAUCCGGCUACACUGGCACGUGCCUGUACGACACUGCUACAGGCGUCGUCACUGCCGCCCUGCAACCUACCGACAGCAUGACCGUCAAUGUCUCUCGCGGGACUAUGGUUGUCGUACACGAUAGCUUUACAGUUGUUUCGUAUGAGAACGAUUAUAUCGUACGGGUUAAUGCCCAGAGAAAGUUGCGGGUUGCAACCGACGACCAUGAGGAUGGCUUGACUAAUGAAGAUAAUAAGGAGUACGGCCCGUACGUUCAAGUCAUCGCGAUGCCGGCUGAAGGCAGCUCUUUGUCAUACGACGGAAAACUACUGCCUCCUAACAUCACUGAUUCAACGUGGCUGAUCGGGCUUCGGGGCGAUGACGUGCCGACGCGCUUCGUCCCAUGGAUUGGUGCCAACGGCUCAUACUUGUACGACGUUGCGACACGCGUCAAUUUCCGGUUGGCAGAAGGCUCUUCACUGAGCUUAGCCGGUAACAGCAGCCUUCUUGUACACGACAGUGGUACGACAGUACUCCGUACGGACACCAACUUGACGGUGACUUCGGGCGGUGCAUGGUCGCUGAGUGAUGGUACGGCAUUUUCUACCCAGAAUGGAACUAUAGGCCUAUCGGCGUCGCCUGUAGGCACUAGCCGCAUAUUGUACAGCAGAACAGGAUUACAGUUGACAGUUGCAGCUGAUGAUCCGCAGCGGUACACUCUGCUGGCUGGCGUCAGUGGUACGACAUUGUACGACAAAUUACUUGGCGCGAGCUACCUGCUAGCAGACAACUCUACACUGAUGCUGACUAAUGACAGCACGUCGUACACUCGAGGCAACAAUGAAAAACCGUUGGGCGCCGAAACCAAGCUGACCGUACAGUCUCGAGGGCGUCGGUGGGCGCUAAGUUACGGUACGGAAAUCUCCCCCGGGAACGGCACCGGCAGUACGACUGAGUCCGAGAUGCGGCUGCACGUGAACUCCCUGGAGCCAGUGGAGGGGGAGAUCGGCCGGCUGUGUUCAGUGGAUCUGAGUGCGGCUACCUACACACCCGAUCCGUACAUGUACGACUACGCCGCAGCGCGGGACUUCCUAAACCGUAUCAAUGCAUCGGAGUUAAAUAGACUCGACCUCUACGCAAAAUUUGCUAGUGCCGCGUACGGCUACGAUGCCAACAUCGACACCCGCGGCUACAACGCCUCGUUGUUACUGCCAGCUUACAGCGCGCCGUGGGACCCGCUGCUGGGUCGCCCGACCAGCGCCGUCGUACAAUGUAAAGCAAUAGCUGCACCAGACUCACCGGCGCGCAAUGUCAGCAUAUUCCAGAUUGGUCUGACGUUUGUGAACAACUCAGCGGGUGCCAUGGGCGGCGGAUUGUACAUCUAUGGCCCCGUGGACAACGUACUGCUGGACGGCUUUGAGGUACGGCAAUGUGUUUAUCAGCUUGCGCUGUACAUCAUGGAGAAAAACGUCUUACUGGAUGGAAAGAGCAGCAACUUGGCGGUUCAAGAUGACACGCAGCUUCAGCCCGCCCUGACCGCGCGCAUAACACUCGCACUUAUCGUGAAUUAUCACGACCCACUCGCAUACAUUGCGAGUGGAGAUUCCGAAGUAGGCCACUUCAACGCGGUCUGCUAUGUGUACAAAAUAAAGCAGGUGAAAGCGCUGGCUGGUAGCUUGAACCUGCCGCCCUGCAGAAUUGGGGAGGUACCCAUCGAUAACGGCUACAUGUGCAAGAAGUGCGAUCAGAACACAUACAGCCGACGGGAGUUCAACUACAGCAACGGCAACAACAACAGCAACAUUGAUAAAAACAACAAUUAUAUCUGCCAGCCCUGCCCCAACAACGCUGAGUGUCCGGGGGGCGCUGUGGUAGUGGCGCAGCAAGGCUACUGGCAGAGCGCCGCAAACUCCACUUUCAUGAACGCAUGCCCCAACCCUGAGGCCUGCCGCGAGGGCGACAAUGGCGCACAGGAUGCACUAAUCGCUUGCCAGGAGUGGCAGUAUUCGCGGCCGUUGGGCUUUGACUUCCAGGCGCUCAUAGACAGGGUGCUGUUGGCCAGCACAGCCUCUGGGAAGGCGGCGAACUCAACGGCCGUCUCACCUGCCAGCAGCGACCCUGGUUGCCUGCUUUGGGGGCUGCCGAACGACCACCCUGCGUCGUACAUGCGUAAGCAGUGCGCGAGCGGCUACCAAGGCAACCUGUGUGCCGUGUGCGCCCCCCUGGAUGGAGUCAUGUACGCAUCUGAAGGCGAUUUCAAGUGUGAGAAGUGCUACAGCCCCGGCUCGACCACAGUCAUAGCCGUGCUAGGCUUCGUAGGCAAUGUUGUCGCUGUGCUGGUCACGCUGGCCCUGACCUUCAUGACGGACUACACCGACGGCGAGAAUGUAGGCCUGGGCAACUUGGCCAAGGUACUAAUCGUUCACAUGCAAAUCUUCGUCAUCGUGACGCGCACUGGCGUCAAUUGGCCCCGCUCUGUCCGUGCUGUCACAUCAGUGCUGGCCGCCUUCACGGGUUCCUUCAACAAGGUCUAUCCUCCGAGCUGCAUGCUGGAUGCGGCCGCCAGCCCCGAGACCGCAGCCACUGUAAACCAGCUGGUCGCCAUCGUGACACCACUUGUCACCAUCCUUACCGUGGCGGCGUUGUGGCUGCUCGUUCGGUUGACCUUCAAAUUCUGGGGCACCUGCAACACCAACAAGGGCCAGCAGGCCAGGACAGAUGGGACGGCUGGCGGUCUGGACUCCUCGUGCGACAUGCUUAGCGGACGUGGACAGCAGGGGCCGGCCGCCUUCACCAACUUGCGAACUACGGGCCCAUUCCCCGUGAGCGCCUUUUCCGUUGGCGCCAGCUCGGCCAUGGCGGGAGGUGGCAGCUAUGGGAUGCCCAAUCCGCCAAGGCCACCACGGAACACCGGAAGCAGUAGCGUUGACAUGCCUUCCCUGCAUCCGGACACACGGAACAUGGCGGCUGACCUCGCCAUCGCCGGCAGCAUUCCCACGCUAGCGCCCCCCGCGCCAGGACAGAGGUCCAAGGGGUUUCUGCCGCUGCCGCCGCUGGUCACUGAGCUGUCGCCUAUGCCGCCACCGCGGGCACCGCCGCCUGCUCCAGCGCCCCCACAGGCACCGCCGCCGCCACCACCGCCUCCACCGCCGCCGCCGCCACCGCCGGACUACGUGCCACCGCCAACUCCAACGCAGAAUGACGCAGCGCGCGUGAUGACGGCUGUGACCAGUGCGAUAUACGACCGACCAAGCCCCGACCGUUCACUGGUUUCAGCUGAGGACUCAGGGCCCGUCGUGUUUUCUGAGCUGCCUCUGCGGCCAGACGUCGCGGGCGCCAGUACCAAUGCCGGGGCUCAGUCCGGGAUGGGCAUCUCUUCCAAUGCCAGCCAGUCUGUACAACCCGUCAUAACCAGCGGCGCUAUGGACGUCGUACACGGGAAAGGACAAGAAAGAUCUGAGAGCCCGAAGAAGUCGGGAGUUCCAGAGGGUGGCAGCACUGGCAGUAGCGGCAACAGUCCUAACGCCUCGGAGGGCACCAUGCGCCGUAAGCUGACGGGAGGCAGCGCCUGGCUGAAGAGCCUUUUCACCAAGGAUGAUGCAGCUCCCAGAAAGGACAACAAGGUUCGUGGGGAGCUGCAAAGUAGCAUCCAUCAGACCGUGGCCUUAUGGCGUCAGGUGCUGCUGGUCGUCAUGGUCGCUUGCUUCGUGCUCUACCCUGCGUGGGUACAGGCCACACUCCAGAUCUUCAGCUGCUACAGGCUCGACGAGUACGUCAGCGCGUCCUACUGGAUUAUCAAUAUGAACCAGAUGUGCUUCGAAGGUGAUCAUGCACGUAUCUGGGUGCCCAUUGGCGCUUUCGGCAUCGUCUUUGUCUGCUUCGGCAUCCCUUUCCUCACCUUCAUGAUGAUCUGGCAGAACCGUACGGCACUCGAUACCGCGCCUGUCGCGCAGGCGUACGGCUACCUGUACAAGCGCUUUAACUACAAGAAGUUAUGGUACUGGGAGGUGAUGACGCAGGUUCAGAUUCUGCUGUUGGUGGUGGUCAACGUGUUCUGCAGAUAUGUGCUGGCAGUUUAUCAACAGGCCGUGCUUCUGAUGGUGGGUCCAUUGGUCGCGAUCGGCUUGAUGCUGAUGAUGGUCAUGAACUUGUACUUCCAGCCGUUGAAGCACAAGCUCCUGGAGCACAUGUCCAGUCUUUCCCUGGCGGUGUUGAGCUUCACAGUGGCCCUGGGACUGUUCUUCGUGCCACCGACGGACCGCAAGGACCCGGUCACAGCGGCUCCAACUAGAGCAACCGGCGCGACCAUCCUGAUUCUCAACGGCGGAUUGCUGCUUUACUUCCUGCGCAUCAUUUUGGAACAUGUGUGGGCUUAUCGAAGUGACGUUGAGGAUGUGGGCGACGUGUGCGAAGCAGGAGGCAGGAGGCAGGAAACUUUUAACACUGGGAUUCCGCACGCCGUAACGGACGGCCACUCGGUUGCUGUGUACAGUGCGGUUCAUCAUCCGGAAGAUGAGACAAUGCUAGUAAAGACCUGGAUUCUCUUGUCGAGAGGGUUAUUGGGUUGCCUCGGCACCGAGCGCUUUUCGGGGGCUCCGAUACUCCGAGUUGUGUACAGCACCGUACAGUACAGCUCACGAAUAACCGGAAACGGCGCUAUGAAGAAGAAGCUGGAAGCUGCCCAACAGCAGGCAAUUGCAGCUUGCACCAAGGCCGGCACGACUCUUUGGAACCUCCUAAUGUCAGCUUCGCAAAAGCUUUGGGACCGGACCUCCUGGAGCCUGUUGCCAUCGUCGGGCAAGACUCGGACGAAGCGCAGGAGAGGCGGUGCACCUCAGGCCCGCUGACUAAUCCUUUACGGACGGCAUGGUCGUAAGCACAGAAGGAACGUCCAAUAGUCCUCCAAAAUGUACGCCAUGCAUGUAUGUACUACGAAGAAGGCAGAGAUAAAGCCAAGCAUAUGCAAAUCAUAAACAGAUUAAGAGGGUAAUUGUUAAGGCAUGGACCAUAUACUCUCUCCGCCAAACGGUUUUGAAAAUUCCGCGGCACAAGACAAACAUAGCCCCCACCCCGUGAGAACAUAUCAACUUCGCACACACACACACACACACACGACCACACAUAUUGAAAAGACCUCGGGCCAUGUUUGUGCUUUUUCCCUCUCCAUGCUCUGUCCUAACCUGCACAACCGAACCACCCUGUAUCAAAACCCAACCACCCGCACAUCGACAUCCAAGGAAACGACAUCGUUGCGCUUGUGAUCAAGCUGGUUCGCCAAUUCACGCCCGGCGCAACGCGUGG